UGUGAAUCGCUGCAGGUGGAAACCCUCUCCAGUCUCCACUCUAGAGUCAAAUGCCCCACCGUCCAUCAUGUUCCCCUCCUUCUGCCGGCGGCGGCUCCUCCUCCGCAUCCCCGGCGAAGCCACUAACCUCCUCCAGUCCAUGUCCAUCCAUCUCGCCCACAGCAGCUACUCCUCAACCGCCGUCUCCCGUGUACCCAGCUCCGACCUCUGCCCAGCCACCGUCUCCUACCUCAUCUCCUGCGGCCUCUCCCCCGCCGCCGCCGCCACCACGGCCACCACUCAAAGGAUCCGCAUCGUUUCCCCCGACAAGGUGCACGCCGUGUGCUCCCUCCUCAGAGACUACGGCUUCGCCGACGCGGACAUCGUCCGGACGGUGCGCAGCGCCCCGUCCAUCCUCGUCGCCGACCCCGAACGGAUCCUCCGCCCCAAGCUCGACUUCUUCGCCGCCCUCCGCUUCGAGCCCCGCAAGCUCGCCGCCGCGCCUUGCCUCCUCGUGCACAGCCUCGAUAAGAACAUCGUCCCGUCCGUCCAGUUCAUCCGCGGCAUCGUCGGCAGCGACGACCAGCUCCGCCGCGGCUUCUCCCGCGUCCCCUGGGCCCUCGCGGUGGACGUCGACAGAAGCAUGCGCCCCGCCGUGGAAUCCCUCCGCCGCUGCGGCCUCGACGACGCGGCCAUCUCCAAGCUCCUCGUCAUCCAGAUGGGCGUGCUCAUGGCGUCGCCGGAUCGCAUCAGCGAAAUCUUCCAGGAACUCAAGGCGGUCGGUAUGUGCACCUCGGACUCGCGCUUCCUCUACUGCUUCAGCGCGAUGUGCAGCCUUAAGAGGGGCGCGUGGCGGCGGAAGCUUGCAUUUUUCCACAGCUUCGGGCUGUCGGAGGGUGAGGUGAUCAAGGCCUUCAAGACGCAGCCCAUGCUGUUUCUUUCCUCAGACGAGACCAUAAAAAAGAAGCUCCGGUUCUUGCUGGACGAGGUCAAGCUUGGAGUAAGCGAUGUGAUUGCCCAGCCUGUGAUUCUGUCCUAUAGCCUGGAGAACUGCAUCCUGCCAAGGUGCGCCGUGCUGAGUGUGUUGAUGAAGGAGGGCAAGAUCCCGAGAGAUAUCAAGUUGCUUCCAGCAUUGCUUGGUAGUUCCACGGUUUUCUCGACCAGAUAUGUAGUGAGGCAUGCUGAUCAUGUGCCAGAUGUUGUUAAGGCGUACGAGGGUAAGAUCAAAUUCCAAGGAUUCAGACAUGACACAUGACUUAAUUAUCCAUCAUCCUGGAUUUGCACCAUAUGUAGUGAGGCAUGCUGCCGGAUGUUGUUAAGGCAUAUGAAGGUAAGAUCGAAUUAGAAGGGUUCAGACAUGACACAUGAUUUAUCCAAUAGGAGAAUAAUAUCCUUCACCCUUAGGCUUAUGUAUCCAGUGCCUACCAGGAAUGUUAUUGAUAAAGUCGUGAUCCAUGAUUUUAACACCGCUUCAGACUACACCAUUGGUAGCCCAUACUUACAUGCUGUACUCUUCUGUAUCAUCGACCUUUGUAAUUUAGCAGCUGCCAUUAGCAUCAUGUAGCCAACUGAACUGUAGAAUCAUGGUAGAUGACGUUACUGUUCUCCAGGUUCCUUCAUCUGGUAUGGAGUUAAACUGGUUCUGCUAAUUUAUGUUUACUAAAUCGAUUGUUGCAACACAUUUUGAGUUACAAAUGUUAUUACAUGGUAAUGAACUAAGCGCUUUUCUUUUA